UGUGAGGACUGACGGCCAUUUAAACUAAAGCCGCUGAGGGGGGUCAGAUGACGUGGUGUUCCGGCCCAGAUUAUUUGACGUUUACCUCAGAGUUUGGUUCUGUUGUUAGUGGUUCGAACUCAUCACCGCGCGAGAAAGUGGUGCCGCCUACAGGAGUCAGCGGAUAACUGAGCGUGCUCAGUGGGGGUGAUCCUGCCUUUUCUCACACAGACCCCAUCAGACCGCCACCAUGGUUCUGGCCGACCUGGGCAGGAAGAUCACCUCGGCGCUGAGGUCACUCAGCAACGCCACCAUCAUCAAUGAGGAGGUGUUAAACGCCAUGUUGAAGGAGGUGUGCGCCGCCCUGCUGGAGGCAGACGUCAACAUCAAGCUGGUCAAACAGUUGAGGGAGAACGUAAAAGCUGCUAUAGACCUGGAGGAGAUGGCUUCAGGUCUGAACAAGAGGAGGAUGAUCCAGCACGCCGUCUUCAAGGAGCUGGUCAAGCUGGUGGACCCGGGAGUGAAGGCCUGGACGCCAACCAAAGGAAAGAACAACGUCAUCAUGUUCGUCGGUCUGCAGGGCAGCGGCAAAACCACCACCUGCUCCAAGCUGGCCUACUAUUACCAGAGGAAAGGCUGGAAGACCUGCCUGAUCUGUGCGGACACCUUCAGAGCCGGAGCCUUCGAUCAGCUGAAACAGAACGCCACCAAAGCCAGAAUCCCCUUCUAUGGCAGUUACACGGAGAUGGAUCCGGUGGUGAUUGCCUCCGAGGGCGUGGAGAAGUUCAAAGCGGAGAACUUUGAGAUCAUCAUCGUGGACACGAGCGGCCGACACAAACAGGAGGACUCUCUGUUCGAGGAGAUGCUGCAGGUUUCCAACGCUGUGCAACCAGACAACAUAGUUUACGUGAUGGAUGCUUCCAUCGGUCAGGCCUGCGAGUCUCAGGCUAAAGCCUUCAAAGACAAGGUGGACGUGGCCUCGGUGAUCGUCACCAAACUGGACGGACAUGCCAAGGGGGGAGGAGCCCUGAGCGCCGUGGCGGCCACCCGGAGUCCCAUCAUCUUCAUCGGGACGGGAGAGCACAUCGACGACUUCGAGCCCUUCAAGACGCAGCCGUUCAUCAGCAAACUCCUCGGGAUGGGCGACAUCGAGGGUUUGAUCGACAGAGUGAACGAACUGAAGCUGGACGACAACGAAGAGCUGAUCGACAAGCUGAAGCACGGGCAGUUCACGCUCAGAGACAUGUAUGAACAGUUCCAGAACAUCAUGAAAAUGGGCCCCUUUGGACAGAUCAUGGGUAUGAUUCCAGGUUUCGGCACAGACUUCAUGAGUAAAGGAAACGAGCAGGAAUCUAUGGCCAGAUUGAAGAAACUGAUGACCAUCAUGGACAGCAUGAAUGACCAGGAGCUGGACAGCAAAGACGGAGCCAAGCUGUUCAGUAAGCAGCCCAACCGGAUCCAGAGGGUGGCCCGCGGGUCCGGAGUCGCCACCAGAGACGUCCAGGAGCUGCUCACCCAGUACACCAAGUUCGCUCAGAUGGUCAAGAAGAUGGGCGGCAUCAAGGGGCUGUUCAAAGGAGGAGACAUGUCCAAGAACGUGAACCCGUCCCAGAUGGCCAAACUGAACCAGCAGAUGGCCAAGAUGAUGGACCCCCGAGUCCUGCACCACAUGGGAGGAAUGGCUGGUCUUCAGUCCAUGAUGCGCCAGUUUCAGCAGGGAGCGGCCGGAAACAUGAAAGGCAUGAUGGGAUUCAACAACAUGUGAGGCAUCCCUGCCUUCUCGCAGAAGAUGAUGGGGGCCGCCUGCUGCUGGUCUGCACCAGCAGACGACAUUUUUAUCAAAACUGCAGAGUAAAAGGAGGACUUGAAGAAGCAGGACAAGCUUUGUUUACUGCCAUGUUCCUUUGAGGGGAGGAGGAGGAGGGUGGAUGAAGACGAGUGGAAAUGAUGAAUCUGUGUGAAAUGUAUACGUAGCAGAACCGGUCCUGAUUUGCUGAGAUGAUCCGUGGAGACGUCGGGUCAGAAUAAAUGUUUGUGUCGCUCCUUUUAAAGCUGCUCUGGUCGUUCGGUGGAGAAACCGGCGUUUUCUCCCUUAGAGGAAAGUUCUGAAGAACAACCAAGACUUCAUAGUUUGUUUGAGCUCAUGUUCUAUUAAAAUUCUCAAUAAAACGACUUUUUGGAUGGAAAGAA